AUGUAUGGAUACUUCUUGAAGCGGGUGGACCAAAGGUUUCAGCUAGAGAAGACGAUGAAGAAUCUUCCUGGUGGGUCUGAUGAAAGUAAAACAAACAACCAGAGGACAAGACAUUUCAGGCUGUAUCCUCUCACCCCGAGGUUGCGAGACGCUUCAGAGAUACGCCACGAUAAGAUCAAGAGAAGCAGUUGGGAUCAUCGAGAAAACACCGAGGCAUUGUUUGGUAAGCCCGAGAUUGUGAUAACACCGCAAGUCACUACCGAUUCAUCGAAAGACGAACAGAUAGAGAUCAGCUUUGGUGGGAUGAAGAGGCUUGUCUUGGAGGUUGUGACUUUCGGGUCGUUUCUCUGGGACGUUGAGAACCAUGUAGGUGAAGGUACCACUUUGUAUUGA